AUGUCCAAUUACAAAUGGAGGAUGGGAAUGUAUUUUAGUACCAAAGGUAAGUUUAAGGAAGCAAUAACCUCAUAUGCAGUCCAAUCUGGUACAAACCUGAAGUUAACUAAAAAUGACAAUAUAAGGGUGAGGGUUAGAUGUAAAUAUGGAUGUGAGUGGGAAGCAUAUUGUGCUAAGUUGCCUAAUGAGGAUUCUUGGCAACUAAAGAAGGUAGUUGACACUCAUAGUUGUAGUAGAAAGUAUAAUGUAAAUAUGAUGAGCACUAAAUGGUUGAGUAAAAGGAUUCAAAAUUCCUUGAAAAAUAAUCCUAGGAUGAAUAUUAAGGAUAUGAAGGAAAAGGCAAAAAAGAAGUGGAAUGUAGGUGUUAACAAGACUAAGUCCAUAAGAGUUAGAUUUGAAAAUAGAGACAUGGUUAAUGGUUCUUUCCAAGGGGAUUAUACUAUAAUUUAUGAUUAUUUCCAUGAGAUAUUAAGAACAAACCCAGAGUCAACAGUAAAACUAAAUGUUCAAAAUGUUCAAGAAAGUCUUUGUGGAGGGAAAAUUCUGGAAGCCAUAGGCAGAGAUCCCAAUGAUCAAAUGCUGCCAAUAGCUUUUGUAGUAGUGGAGAGUGAAAAUAAGGAUAGUUGGACAUGGUUUUUGGAGUUGCUUAUUGAUGACAUUGGAGGAGAUUUUAAUAGUGUCAUUCUUAAUUCAAGGGCCAAGCUAAUGAUAACCAUCAUGGAAGAAAUAGGGACCUACAUGAUGGAAAAAUGGGCUACCAAUACGAAAAGGUUUCAAAACUUGGCAGAUGCUGAUGCGUUACCCAAUAUUAGAAGGAAAGUUGAAAAAACAAGCACAUACACAAAUUUAUGGUUUGUCAGGAUGUCAAAUGAGCACAUAUUUAAAGUGAGGCACUUUGAAAAUCUAGCAGAUAACUUUACAGUCAAUUUGAAGGAACAUCUAUGUUCCUACAGAAGAUGGGAAAUCACAGACCUUCCUUGUGUUCAUUCAUUUUCAGAUAUGAGGAGUAGUAACCAUAAGGUUGAUGACUAUAUCCCUGAGUAUUAUAAGAAAUCAAGAUACAUGGCAGACUACAAACAUGUGAUUUAUCCUGUAAAUGUAUCAAAUAUGUGGGUUAGAACAAAGUAUCCUGAUGGUCAACAACCUAAGUAUAGGAAAAUGCCUGGAAGACCAAAGAAGAAUAUGAAUUUAGAGAAAGGAGAGAUUGAUGGCUCUAACUGCAAAAUUAGAAGAACCGGUUUCAUUGUCAAGUGCAGUAGGUGCAAGAAACCAGGUUACAACAAACAUACUUGUAAGGUGACACUGGCUAGUCAACCAUCUCAAAACAAGCAUCUCAACAAUAAUUACUUAACCAACUACGCAACAAGAAUCUCAACAACCAUCCACUCAACAAGCAUCUCAACAACCAACUACUCAACAACCAACUACUCAAUAAUAAGCUACUUAACAAGAAACUCAUAG